AUGAUACGCAAACUCGACCUUUCGUUCAAUUAUCUAACAGAGUUACCGGAAGAAAUCGCUUGUUUACAACAUUUAGAACAAUUAAAUGUAUCACACAAUCAAAUAGAAUUUUUACCGGACACGAUUGGACAAUUAUCGCGGUUAGUUGAAUUAAACGUGUCACAUAACCGAUUGGAAACCUUGGCAACGACGACCGUGGAUCAAUUGAGUAAGCUGCAGACAUUCAAUGUAUCACAGAACAAGUUGAAAGAGUUGAGGUUGACCUCGAUUCAUGUCAAUAGUCUUACCUCCAUUGAUUUAUCGUACAACCCAAUCGCCAUCCUACCUGCAGAGAUCACACAAUUACCGUUCCUGCGCCGACUUCGGUUAGAAGGGUGUCCGUUGACCACGACACUGGAUGAUUUUCCUUUGGCUCAUGAUGCACCUUCCUUAGUGGAGAUAUGUGCACGUAUCAUUGUCAAGACACGACAACCUCUGAAGGGUUUACCGCAGACAAUGGAGUCCUAUUUGAAGAGGGGAAAGACAUGUAGCCACUGUGGAGGUCCCUAUUUUGAAUCGUACGUGUCGCGAGGACGAUGGAUUGAUCGUAAUGAUAUUUGGAUCCCUUUAGAAUAUCGGCUAUGUUCGGCCCAUUGGGCUAACGAAUCCGAUCGUAUCUACACCAUGUUUUCUCAGAGUCUUUUGAAACCGCUGGAGGAGGAUGACUGUGAACCUGUCAAAAAGUGGAAACACAAAGUCAAAAGUUCCUUGUUAAAGAAGCUUGUAUAA